UUCACGAGUGAAUGUAUGUGUUCAAAAUUGUUGGAGAAAGAUACUUUUGUGUUUAAAAUAGCAUUACUGUAAUCAUUAAAUGAAAAUGCAAGACCAAGUUUAUGAAAAGAUAAUUGUAUUAAUAAUUGUUUAACUUGUGUUUGUUAAGCUAAUAACUAUAAACGCGUGUGUGUUAACGUUAUAACUGUUUAGCAUUUGUAAGUGAAUUAAAAAACUGUAAAACAUAAGUAAGUUCAAUUAAUAAGUGUUGAACAUAUGUAUGCGAAACAUACGCUGUUUAAUACAUUUGUGCGAAACUAAUAACUGUUGAACUUGUAUAUGUGAAACUUCUGAGACUUAAUUGACCAUAUGAAAUAUUUUUUAUAAUUCAAAUUUAUCUUGGUCAAGUUUAUUUAAACAAACAUUGAUCAUCUAAAUUAAUGUAAGAAUACUGAAUACAUUCAUAAUUUAUCUGCGAGAUGGUUUUCUCAAUUGAGGAUGAUUGAAUCUAAAACAGUUUAAUAUUAGGUUAACUCGCGUACAUUGGGGUUUUCCUGUAACACAAUAGAACUAAAAUAACAAGAAUUCUGAUUUAACUUGUGAAAUACAAAAACAAAUUGCUACUAAUGAACGUUUGUUUUCGACCUGGAACAGCAACAAGAUAAUGUAUGCCAAUCAUUAUAUCCGGAUUGUGUUCAUAACGUGUCUUAUAAACGGCAGAAAAGUGGCUUCCACAAACAUCAGUGCAAUAGAGGGGUCAGUCGUCAGGUUUGAUUUACCGUCAUUUCAAUCAUGCAGACGAUACAAUUUUCUUAACCCUCAACACCUCGAGAUAGUAUCAGUUCAAAAUACGUCCCAGUGUAAUAUAAGCGAAACGUAUCGGUUUCGAGCAACGUGCAAAGCCAACGAAGACGGAACGGUGGUUCUUGGUGUCCACAAAAUAAAUAAAACCCUGGACGCUGGGAUUUACAUGAUCCGAGGACCUCAGGCGCGAGAGUGUUUGCUUGGUUUCCAUGUUACAGUGACAAGUGCGAAAAUACCGUCUUUUGAAGAGUCGCUCAAUACCGGGGUCUGGCUAGAGUGGGUGUCGUGGUCCACGUGCAAUGGUUCGUGCUUUCGGACCCGCACGAGACAGUGUUCCGGAAAUGGCGUCUGUGUUGGGGGUACCGGCCAGGAGAUGGCGACAUGCACAGACCACGGGAAAUGUGGGGCACACACAGACAGUAUCACGUGGUCUACAUGGAGCGUGUGGGGCGAGUGCUCGUGCGAGCACAGUCAACGUAUGCGUCACAGGUACUGCCUCGACGAUAACGGUCAACGAGUCCAGUGUCCACUAAGAACGACAGGCUCAUACGAGACAGAACAAUGCCAACCUGAAAACUGUCCAAAUUCAAGAACUGACACAAUUACGUUGACUCCAAACACACAUUGGGGAUAUUGGUCGCCAUGGACACAGUGCAGUCGCACAUGUGCAGAAGGUCAGCAGUCAAGGUCACGCUCUUGUCUGAGCGAAAGCAGUCAGUUACUACCCAACACCCAAUGCGUGGGCGAUGCGGUCGAAACUCGGGCCUGUCAAAUAGCCGAAUGCAGCGGUCUGCAGGACCAUGCGAAACAGGACAAAACAAUCACAGUGACGAUCCCUUUGUCAAUGAUUGUGGGCCUCGUCGCCGGGAUUGUGAUACUUAUCUUGGUCAUUGUCGUCGUGAUUCUGCUCUUCAAAUUAAAAUGCAAAAAGACAAGGGAGACGGGAACAAAGCACACAAACGUAAAGAACAAAAAGAAGAAUAAUCCAGACCAACGAAAGGAAUCGUCAAUCAGUGGUGUUCACACAUACGCGGAGAUUGACGAAGAUGACGUUAUUGAUUUAAAAUCGGAAACGUCUAGUCAUUCACGUGCUGAGUCAAUAUACGUGCCACUGCCACAAUCGCCAUCCGGGUCUUAUGCGACUCAGUACAAAAACAUAACGUACAACAGCGGGACGCAGUCGAUAAUUCUCGACCAGGUGCCAGAAAACAACGAAGUCGCACAUGUUUCGGAAAUUGGAUCCAAUCUUACGACUUCCACAGAAGCACCUAAGACGACGACAAGGUUUGAAAGUCGACACGUGUCGCUGGACAGUAUCGGUUACAUGAAACCGAAAACGAAAUGGUUCAAGAAACCUGUAUAGGUCUUAUUGUGUAUUUAACACCAUAUUUGAAGCUUGUGUAUUCCCACAAACAUGGGCAACUAGUGUUACAUGCCCAAUCCAUAAACCCGGCUCGAUUACCGUUCCCGGAAAUUACCCAGGUAUCUCAAUUAAAAAUACAAUAACUUACAUUCAUGUGUAAAGUUUAAUUUCUUAGGAAGGGGGCGUGGGAAUCUCAUUUCCCAGCAACAUUGAUACCAGUCAGGGAGACAUAACAAGUUCAACUAUCUUCGAUUUAUUAAUUGAUUAUAAUAACCAAUAUAUAAAUAUAUAUAAAUAACCAAAUACCUGAUAUAUUAUGUUUAAUGUUAGCAGAUGAUACAGCAAACUGUGCAGAAACUGUUCAAAAGUUACAACAACAAGUAAAUGUAAUAGAUAUAUAUUGCGAAAGUACUGAAAUGGAAGUUAGUUUAAAUAAAAUCGCAAUCAUCGUGUUUCGAACAGAUUGUGUCUUAAAAUAUUGCGAACGUUGGUAUUUAAGUGGACAACAGGUUAAACAACAUCUUAUUACAAGUACAUGGGACUGAUGUUUACCCUGUCUUCGAAUAUGAUAACACCAUUAGGAAAUUAAUCUUUUACAGGCGAUAGACACUUAUGUAUGAUAUUAUAUUUAUAGAAACAUACGACACAACUUUGAAAUUAUAAUAUAUUAUAUUAUUGUGUUAUGUUUUAUGGGCCGGAGUCCUUUAUUUACUAAAAAAAACUGUUCUGUUC